UGAUGGAAGCAGUCCUGCAAAGACCCAAGCAUAAGCACACAUCUUGCAAUACAAAGAGAAGGCUCCACAUUUCAGAGGGCGGGCUUCCACUGCCUUAUAGGCAUUACUGAAUGCUGCAGAGGCACAGAGGAGGCUUCCCAAGGCUGAAGCCAUCAGUGACAGCUGAACUUCCUGUUUGAACAUUGCUGUAGUGGUGGUUUCACACGGCUGUACAUCAUGUGCCACGCAGGGAGGAGGAGAGAAACUGUGUGAGCUGGCGAUGGUGCAGCCUGCCCUGUGGGGACGCUGGUGGCGCGAAUCCCUGGGGGGCUCGGCAGUGCCUGGAGGGUGGGGACAAGGCCGUGGGCCCACCAUCAUCACCAUGCUGGGGAUCCUCGUGGUGCUCUGCCUCAUCCCUGCUGCAGAUGUUACAGAAAACAAGAUUCUAGUGUCUCAGCAUCCUUUGCUCAUUGUGGCCAACAAAACGGCGACUCUAGUCUGCAACUACACAUACAAUGGAACAGGGAAAGAAUUUCGAGCUUCGCUGCACAAAGGAACAGACAGUGCAGUUGAAGUCUGCUUUAUUUCAUGGAACAUGACCAAAACUAACAGUAAUUCAAACAAAGAAUUCAACUGUCAGGGGUCUCGUGCUAAGGACAAAGUAAUCUUCAAUCUUUGGAAUAUGAGUGCCAGCCAAACUGACAUCUACUUCUGCAAAAUUGAGGCCAUGUAUCCACCUCCAUAUGUCUAUAAUGAGAAGAGCAAUGGGACUGUCAUUCAUGUGAGAGAGACACCCAUCCAAACACAAGAACCUGAGUCUGCAACUUCUUACUGGGUUAUGGUGGCAGUGACAGGACUUCUUAGUUUCUACAGUAUGCUCAUAACUGCAGUCUUUAUUAUCUACCGGCAAAAAUCCAAGAGGAACAGGUACCGUCAGAGUGACUACAUGAAUAUGACCCCCCGGCAUCCUCCUCACCAAAAGAACAAGGGCUACCCAUCCUAUGCACCAACACGAGACUACACUGCCUAUCGCUCCUGGCAGCCAUGAUAUGCACCAGCUGAACACCACUGUCCUUGUGUGCUUCUAGGCAGUCAGCUGCUCUUGGAAAUGGAAGGACGGCCUGUCAUUUCCUCAUCAUGUUUGUUAUUAUUGACCAUGGAUACCUACACCACAGCAAGUAUUGGCUAAACUUCAAUAUUAUUCAAAGAUAAAAGAUAAAAAUGAACAUAAAAAAGGGAGAAAAAGAAAAAAAGGAUUGUUUUCCAUGAUGGCUGAAAAUGUGAUGUAACUUGCGUUGAGGGCUGUCGGUGGGUAAGAGAGAAGGAUAGCACUGGGCGCCAGAACUGGUCUCCUCCUAAUGUGUGUGGGUUUUUUUGAGCUGUUGGGGGAACCAGAACCAGAACUUCUGACCUUUCCCAACAACCACUGCCUUAGAUUUAGCCUGUAAUUUCUAUUCCUGUAUGUCUAAUCCUCAGAAACCAUUGUUGCUGUUAAAUAUGGAAAAAUGAAAAAAAAACCAAAAAAACCCAAAAAAACCCCAACCUUCCCUCUGAGCCCAGAGCACAGUUUGAACUUUGAGACAAAUACUUGAAAGAGAUGAAAAAGUCAGCCAGAAGGUAGCCAAGCAAUUAGGCUAUAGCACAAGUGGGCUCACAGGGCAAACCAAGAUUGAAAGAAUGUUACUAAGCAUUCCGCAUGUGAGUCCUUAGAUUAUUCAUUUCAGGUUUGUAAAGAACAUUUGAAGUCAUAACUGAGCUACUCUACAGAGUGAGAAACCGAUCCACCUGAAGAAAAAAUCAAGACAAGUAGGACUGUGAGAAGGAUUUGCUGAGAUCAUGAAAAGCCCCAGUUCCUAUGCUUCCUUACAGCAAGACAGCACAAAGUCAUAUGGUGAGCAUUAGAAGACACCAAUGUCAGAUUUAGAGAGCUUUACCCUCAUUUGUGAAUUUUUGUUUCUAUCCACAAGGCACUUCGCUGAGUCUUCAUGAAAAUUCAUCCAUUUCUUCUGUCACCUAUGUUGUACCAGAGCUCCUUUGAAAGUCAGGGUCCAGUUAUGAGCAACUAAAGAUCCCUUGAACUUUUUUCCCAUUAGCAAGCAAUGUUUUGGGUGUGACAGUGUUCUCGGGUCCUACCACUGUGACCAGGGUCCCCAUCUGCUCAGCUGCAUGCAGGGACUGCUCUAGGCACUUUGAACUUUGUGCUGACUAAAGGUUACUUUUUAUCUAAGUACCUUCUUCAGGGAUGCUCCCUACUGGAGUAGGGUAAAGUCUUCAACAAAAGCCUGCUUCAAUCCAUUAAUUAAGCAUGUUUACAUUAACAAGGCAUCCUAAACUAUAAUUGGGGUUGUCUUAGCAUAAGAUCCUUUUUCAUACAGAGAAGAUGAGACGUAUUUUAUAGAGAUUACUGAAUAAACAAUUAAAUGAUAAACAGAUCCAUAUUUCCACUUUGAAAUAAAAUUGGGAUUGUUCAACAUUUACUUUCCUCCAAAUUGAGACGAGAAGAUUCUUUCUCUCUUUGAGGUAAGAUGACAAAAAUAGAGAUGUGGAAGUGUGGCAACAACCUGCUUUGAUGUCUUAACCCAAGUAAAGCUUUUGGCACUUCCAAAUUGGAAGUUUUAUUUGAGUUUGCUGACCAGGCCUCAGGCCAUUCAUGCAGAGUCACAUUACCACAAACCAUGCUCCUAGCAGGUGCUGCAGUCAGGUUCUUGCUGUCCCAAACAGGGUGUAACUCUGCCAAAGAGGCCCUGCGUGACACUGCAGGUUGCACGGCUGGCAUUGGCAUCACCCAAGGCCUUCCCAGCAGAACUGUGCUUGGCCAGCUGUGCAGCCCUUGGUAACUGGCAGGAGAGGCCCAGAUGCCCACUGCCAGCAGGCAGUGCUGAGAGCUUGGUACAGGACCUCAGUCUCAGUCACAGCAGGCUCUGAGACUGCACUUCCCUGUGCCUUUGCACUGCAGCCAUGGCAGUGAGGAGCAUGUACAGGGGUGGAGAGGAAGCAGCCAAGCAGGGCCCGCACAAAUCUCUGCACAGUCCUGAAUUGUCCCUCCUCGCUAGCACUGGCAGCAGGAUGCCAGUGCCUUGCCACUUCUCUUCAUGCUCUUCGCAGGGAGCUGCAGGCAGGCACAGCCCUCUGCUAGGGCACAACUUUGUCUUGCCUGGCUCAACACUAUCCACAGUAUCCCUGUUGUGUAAUGAAACAUUAACAAGUGCUCACAUUGCAAUGCGGUGUGAAAAAUCACAUCUUCCAGUGCAAAUGUAAGGCGAGACUGCGCAUGUACACUGAAAACAUAAAUCAGGGUCAACGCUCUUCAUUUAAACUAGGUAUGUAUAUUUUUGCAUGCAGAUGUAUCUGUUUUAGAUCUACGUUCCUUAGAGUUUUAUUAUAUGUUUUGCAAUCUCCUUUUAAAAUUAUUAAGUGGAUAUGGUAAAUUAAAUCUUGAAUAAAUGCAGUGGGCCUGAGGCUA